AUGAAACCCAGCAGGUCCUUGAGAUCCCACCAUAGACAACGAUCCGGGGAUCUCAAGCAGCAGAAGAACCCCGCCGAACUAAAUACAACGGACGGCACCUGUAACAGUACCCAGACACCCUUGCCAAUCUGCAGCAUCUUGACAGAAGUUUCGGGUAACCCUCAGAAUUUUUACCGAUGUCCUCGCCGUCCUGCAGGAUUACCUCUACAAACAACACUGAAGGUUUGCGGAACCCAAACUGACGACGAGAAAGCCAAACAAGAGAAUAUCAAUCCUGCUAAUCCCAAUAGUGGGGUUGAUAUCGAAGAGCUCAUACGCCGACUCACUGGUGGUUAA